AUGAAAAAGGGUCAAUCACUGGAAAAAUCUUGGUUAUGUUAUUCAACCAGGGUUGGUACUGUUUUUUGUUUGACUUGCAAACUUUUUUCUAAAAUCCCUUCUCAAUACACAACCGGAUUUACCGAUUGGAAACACAUAGGAACUUGCUUAGAAAAUCAUGAAAAUUCUAAUGAACAUAAGAAAUCAAUGUUAGUGUGGUUGACACUAAAAGAAAACAGAUCUGUUUUAGACAAGCAGCUUCUGAAGCAAUUAAGAAAAGAAACAGAAUAUUAUCACAAUGUCCUAAAACGGGUUAUUGCUGUGGUGAAAUUUGUAAGUAAAAGGGGCUUAGCAUUUAGAGGUUCCGAAGAAGUAUUUGGUUCUCCAAAUAAUGGUAAUUUUAGGGGUGCUCUGGAGCUAUUGGCAGAGUUUGAUCCAUUCAUUCGUGAACACAUUGAUCAACGAGAGCUGCGACCAAAACCGAUAAUAUCGUACUUAUAA